AUGAACAAAAAUGGAACAGCUAAAAUGAAUGAUAAUCAAAUAAGAGCCGAAGGUAGAAGGUUAUUUAAACGCUUCUAUAACAUUCCUGAUGGUGUUAAUCCUAAAACUCGUAGAAGUUAUUUAAAUGAAGCCAUAGAUGCAUAUGAAGGAUUUGACAUUUCAUCAGAAAGUGAGAGGUUAGCAAGAAUGUUAAACGUUAAUAUUGAUUUUUAUUAUUGUGACCCUCAACCAGAAGACGUAGACAUUAACAAGGUAGACUUUCCAUUAGUGGAAUCAAUAAUGAUAGAUCCAGAAUUUGAAACAGUAAAUAUUUUAUUAACACAGAGUCCAUGUGGAAAACUUCACGCUGACAGAAUUACAGACGUUGAAGCACUCACAGGAUAUAAAGUUUGCCCCUUUUGCAAAGAAGAAGUAUAUUCUAUCCGUGAUGAUCCAGAAAGGAAAAACCAAAGAAGAUUUUUAAAACAUUGUGAGAAAUGUAAAGAAAAUAAUGGAAGAUUAAUUCAAGACGUUCAAUUGCAAAACACACAACAACCAUAUGCACCACAUAUCACGAAACAGAAGAUAUAUCAAUGGCUAUUAGCACAUAAUUUGCAGGAAUAUUAUAAACCAACAAGAUAUUAUAUUACUUUUGACUUCGAAACAUUAGAGACUAAAGAAGAACUUCAACUUUCUGAAUGUGCAACUUUGAACGCUUACUUAAAACCAUUUAUGGUAUCAUCAACUGUCAAAAUAAAGCCGCAAAGCGGCGAGGUCGUAGACCGUGAUAAAACAUUUACGAGGAAUUUUUGCUUAACAUCAAGUGAUUCGUUCAUCUCUGAUUGGAUUGAAUUUUUAUUUUCAACCUGUUCAUUAGUUGCUAAAUCAAAUAUUGAACAAUAUGAAGAAUUAAUGAAUACAUUAAAUGAGAAACAAAAGGAAGCAAUGAAAGAGCUUUUAGAUGAAGAAUUUAAUAAAGUGAAUAUCAUUGGUUUUAAUUCAGGAAAGUUUGAUUUAAAUUUAAUUCUUCGUGAUUUAAAUACUGCAAAAUGGAAGAUAAAAUCAAUGCUGGGUUCUUCUUCUCAAUUUAAGCAAGUCAUAGUAAAGAAAACAAACUGUCCAUAUGAAUUAAGAUUUAUUGACAUCAGAAAUUAUAUAGCGGGUGGAACAUUAGACCAAUUCACUCAAGAUUUCGGAAACAAUAAAUCACGUGUUAAAUCCUUUUUCCCUUAUCAAUUCAUCACAUGGGAGAAUUACGAAGAUGAAUUAUAUAAAAAGGAACCAUUCACUCAAGAUUCAUUUUAUUCA